GCUCGGCAGUCCUGGCUCCUUCCUGGCUCCAAUGACCUGCUGCUGGAGGUCGGGCCCAGGCUGAACUUCUCCACCCCAACAUCUACCAACAUCGUGUCAGUGUGCCAUGCCGCUGGGCUGGGGCCUGUGGAUCGUGUGGAGACCACCCGGCGCUAUCGGCUCUCGUUUGCCCACCCCCCUUCGGCUGAGAUGGAAGCGAUUGCUCUGGCUACCCUGCAUGACCGGAUGACAGAGCAGCACUUCCCCCAUCCCAUCCAGAGUUUCUCUCCUGAGAGCAUCCCAGCACCCCUCAAUGGCCCUAUCAAUAUACUGGGCGAAGGCCGGCUUGCACUGGAGAAGGCCAACCAGGAGCUAGGUCUGGCUUUAGACUCUUGGGACCUAGACUUCUACACCAGGCGCUUCCAGGAGCUACAGCGGAACCCAAGCACUGUGGAGGCCUUUGACUUGGCGCAGUCCAAUAGUGAGCACAGCCGACACUGGUUCUUCAAGGGCCAGCUCCACGUGGAUGGGCAGAAGCUGGUGCACUCCCUGUUUGAGUCCAUCAUGAGCACCCAGGCAUCCUCGAACCCCAACAACGUCCUCAAAUUCUGUGACAACAGCAGUGCAAUCCAGGGAAAGCAAGUCCGAUUCCUACGGCCUGAGGACCCCACACAGCCAAGCCGCUUCCGGCAACAGCAGGGGCUGAGACAUGUUGUCUUUACAGCAGAGACUCACAACUUUCCCACAGGAGUAUGCCCCUUUAGUGGUGCGACCACUGGCACAGGGGGCCGGAUUCGAGAUGUCCAGUGCACAGGCCGUGGGGCCCACGUGGUGGCUGGCACUGCCGGCUAUUGCUUUGGAAAUCUCCAUAUCCCAGGUUACAAUCUACCCUGGGAGGAUCUGAGCUUCCAGUAUCCUGGGAACUUUGCCCGGCCCCUGGAGGUUGCCAUUGAAGCCAGUAAUGGAGCUUCUGACUAUGGCAACAAGUUUGGGGAACCAGUGCUGGCUGGCUUCGCCCGCUCCUUGGGCCUCCAGCUCCCAGACGGCCAGCGGCGUGAGUGGAUCAAGCCCAUCAUGUUUAGCGGGGGCAUUGGGACCAUGGAAGCUGAGCACGUGAGCAAGGAGCCCCCAGAGCCAGGUAUGGAAGUUGUAAAGGUUGGGGGUCCUGUCUAUAGGAUCGGAGUUGGAGGUGGAGCUGCUUCAUCUGUGCAGGUGCAGGGAGAUAACACCAGUGACCUGGACUUUGGGGCUGUGCAGCGGGGCGACCCGGAGAUGGAACAGAAGAUGAACCGUGUGAUCAGGGCUUGUGUGGAGGCCCCCGACGGAAACCCCAUCUGCAGCCUCCAUGACCAGGGCGCUGGUGGGAAUGGCAACGUCCUAAAAGAGCUGAGUGACCCAGCUGGAGCCAUCAUUUACACCAGCUGCUUCCAGCUAGGGGACCCGACCCUGAAUGCCCUGGAAAUCUGGGGGGCUGAGUACCAGGAAUCAAAUGCACUUCUGCUGAGGCCCCCCCACCGGAACUUCCUGACUCAUGUCAGUGCCCGGGAGCGUUGCCCCGCUUGCUUCGUGGGCACCAUCACUGGAGACCGGAGAAUAGUGCUGAUAGACGAUCGAGAGUAUCCUAUGGGAAGAAAUGGCCAGGGGGAUGCCCCCCCAACAUCCCCACCAACCCCUGUGGACCUGGAGCUGGAAUGGGUUCUGGGCAAGAUGCCUCGGAAGGAGUUCUUCCUCCAGAGGAGUCCCCCUAUGCUGCAGCCUCUGGCCUUGCCCGUAGGGCUGAGCGUGCGCCAGGCUCUGGAGAGGGUUCUGAGGCUGCCCGCCGUGGCCAGCAAGCGCUACCUCACCAAUAAGGUGGACCGCUCCGUGGGCGGCCUGGUGGCCCAGCAGCAGUGUGUGGGGCCCCUGCAGACUCCUCUGGCAGAUGUAGCUGUUGUAGCACUGAGCCAUGAGGAGCUCGUAGGGGCUGCCACAGCCUUGGGAGAGCAGCCAGUCAAGAGCCUGCUGGACCCCAAGGUCGCUGCCCGGCUGGCCGUGGCCGAAGCCCUCACCAACCUGGUAUUUGCUCUGGUCACCGACCUCCGGGAUGUUAAAUGUAGCGGGAACUGGAUGUGGGCAGCCAAGCUUCCAGGGGAGGGUGCAGCUUUGGCAGAUGCCUGCGAAGCUAUGGUGGCAGUGAUGGCAGCCCUAGGUGUGGCAGUGGACGGCGGCAAGGACUCCCUCAGCAUGGCUGCUCGGGUUGGCACAGAGACUGUGCGGGCUCCUGGGUCACUGGUCAUCUCAGCCUAUGCCGUCUGUCCAGACAUUACAGCCACCGUGACCCCAGACCUCAAGCAUCCUGAAGGGAGAGGCCAUCUGCUCUACGUGCCUCUGAGCCCUGGGCGGCACCGGCUGGGGGGCACAGCUCUGGCCCAAUGCUUCUCCCAGCUCGGAGAGCACCCUCCUGACCUGGACCUUCCCGAGAACUUGGUGCAUGCCUUCAGCAUCACCCAGGGGCUGCUGAAAGACCGCCUUCUCUGCUCAGGCCAUGAUGUCAGUGAUGGAGGCCUCAUCACAUGCCUGCUGGAGAUGGCCUUUGCUGGAAAUUGUGGGCUAUGGGUGGACGUGUCUGUCCCUGGGGUUGAUGUGCUGUCUGUGCUGUUUGCUGAGGAGCCAGGCCUGGUGCUGGAGGUGCAGCAGCCGGACCUGGCCCAAGUGCUGAAGCGUUACCGGGACGCUGGCCUCCACUGCCUGGAGCUGGGCCACACAGGCCAGGCUGGGCCCCACGCCAUGGUUCGGGUGUCAGUGAACGGGGCUGUGGUUCUGGAGGAGCCUGUUGGGGACCUUCGAGCCCUCUGGGAGGAGACAAGUUUCCAGCUGGAUCGGCUGCAGGCAGAGCCUCACUGUGUGACGGAGGAGGAACGGGGCCUGAGGAAGCGGAUGGGGCCCAGCUAUUGCCUGCCCCCCACCUUUCCCAAAGCCUCUGUGCCCCAUGAGCCUGGUGGUCCCAGCCCCCGUGUCGCCAUCUUGCGAGAGGAGGGCAGUAAUGGAGACCGGGAGAUGGCCGAUGCCUUCCACUUGGCUGGGUUUGAGGUGUGGGAUGUGACCAUGCAGGACCUAUGCUCUGGGGCAAUUGGGCUGGACACCUUCCAAGGCGUGGCCUUCGUGGGUGGUUUCAGCUACGCAGACGUCCUGGGCUCUGCCAAAGGGUGGGCAGCUGCUGUAACCUUUCAUCCUCGGGCUGGGGCUGAGCUAAGGCGCUUCCAGAAGCGGCCAGACACCUUCAGCCUGGGCGUGUGUAAUGGCUGUCAACUGCUGGCUCUGCUGGGCUGGGUGGGAGGCGACCCCAGUGAGAAUGCCACGGAGAUGGGCCCUGACUCCCAGCCAGCCCGGCCAGGCCUUCUGCUACGCCACAACCUGUCUGGGCGCUUUGAGUCUCGCUGGGCCAGCGUGCGUGUGGGGCCUGGACCAGCUCUGAUGCUUCGAGGGAUGGAGGGUGCCGUGCUGCCCGUGUGGAGCGCCCAUGGGGAAGGUUACAUGGCAUUUUCUUCUCCAGAACUCCAAGCUCAGAUUGAGGCCAGGGGCCUGGCCCCACUGCACUGGGCAGAUGAUGACGGGAACCCCACAGUGCAGUACCCCCUGAAUCCCAAUGGGUCCCCAGGGGGCGUGGCUGGCAUCUGUUCCCAUGAUGGCCGACACCUGGCUCUUAUGCCUCACCCUGAGCGGGCCGUGAGGCCUUGGCAGUGGGCAUGGCGACCCCCUCCAUUUGAUACCCUGACCACCUCCCCCUGGCUCCAGCUCUUUAUCAAUGCCCGAAACUGGACCCGGGAAGGGAGCUGCUGACUGGCCACAGGGGCUCACCUGGGCCUCAUGAUUUUCCCCUGAGUGUGUGCUGCCCCCUCCCUCAUGACCUUCAGGAGCACCCCAUGUUGUUUCCAAAAGCAUCUUGGACAGACAAGGACCAAAGUGCCAGAAUCCCAGCUGACUCGAUGGUCUGCUGCCGAUGUUCCUUCCGCGGCUGUGUCUGUUUUCAGUUCUGCUCUAACACAGCCUGCCCCUUCUCGGCCCUGGAAACAGCAUGUGGCUCAGAGAAAACAGCGACAAGGACAAGUCAGAUGCCUGAGGCUGGAACAGGGGCUUCUGUUCCACACUUCACAGCACCCAGUGAUCACCCGAGUGCCUCAGUUGCCUCCUUGGCUCUAAGGGAUGUUUUACGCUCCCUUUUCUUAUCAUUGGGGUUUAGGGGAUGCAGACAGAUUCAGCAAUAGUGUGCGGAUCAGCUCCUUACCACCUCAUUGUUCUCAUCUGGACCAAAACUUUCUAGAUUUUUCCCUAAGUUCCACACUGUGCUGAAUGUAAAGAAUUGUUGCUUGUGGAAGUUUCUCAGCAUUUCUGGCUGUCUCGGGGCUGGCCUGGUGCUGGCCUCAGAACUUAGCAUUCCUGAUAUUUGCUUCUAAAUUAGCAGCCCUUUCUUUCUUUCUUUUUUGAGACAGUCUCA